UGAGGGACGGGAGGGACGUGGCUCGGCGGCCCUGGCCAGGGCUCCCGGGGACUGGAACCUUGCCCGGUGUGCCCCCUCCUGCCGGGAAUCCCGAGCACGGGAGGAGACGGUCCGCCAGGAUCCCAGGUCCCGGGGGCCCCCUGGAUCGCGGGGAACCAUUCGACUGCUCCCAGCGCCAGGCGGGGACUGGAUCUCCUCCGCCACCUCGGAGCAGGCCACCAGGUAUUUACUCAAGAGAAAUGCAACCUGUGUGCACACAGACCUUCAUACAUGAACACUCACACCAGCUCCAUUGCUAACAGCUCCACGUGGGAAACAGCUCAACCAGACCUCCUGAACCCAUUUCCUGACCCAGGGAGGCCAAGCCGCCAACCCCUCUGCACUCAGAGGACGCCGGUGGCGGGACAUGGGUGCCCGACCCUCGCGACGGCAGAUGCCCGAAGCUCCGCGCGUGACUCUGGCCGCGCUGCCUCCGGAGCUGCUGGUCCAGGUGCUGAGCCACGUGCCUCCCCGCGCGUUAGUGACGCGCUGCCGGCCCGUGUGCCGAGCCUGGCGCGACGUGGUGGAUGGCUCGAGCGUGUGGCUGCUGCAGCUGGCCCGCGACCGCAGUGCGGAGGGCAGAGCCCUCUACGCCUUGGCCCAGCGCUGCCCCGCCGACGAUGACCAUCAAGACGAGCUCCCGCUCUGCGCUCUGGCCCGUUUCUGCCUGCGGGCACCGCUUGGUCGCAACCUCAUCUUCAACUCCUGCGGAGAGCAGGGCUUCAGAGGCUGGGAAGUGGAGCACGGAGGGAACGGCUGGGCCGUGGAAAAGAAUCUGACAGUGGUGUCAGGAGCUCCUUCCCAGACCUGCUUUGUGACUUCUUUUGAAUGGUGCUUCAAGAGGCAGCUGGUGGACCUCGUGAUGGAGGGAGUGUGGCGGGAGCUACUGGACAGUGCCCAGAUUGAGAUCUGCGUGGCUGACUGGUGGGGCGCCCGUGAGAACUGCGGCUGUGUCUACAGGCUGCGGGUCCGCCUACUGGAUGAAUAUGAAAAUGAAGUGGUCAAGUUCUCGGCCUCACCCAACCCAGUACUUCAGUGGACUGAGAGCAGCUGCCGGCAAGUCUCCCAUGUCUUCACUGACUUUGGCAAAGGCAUCCGAUAUGUGUCUUUUGAGCAGUAUGGGAGAGACACGCGUUCCUGGGUGGGACACUAUGGUGCCCUUGUGACCCACUCCAGUGUACGGCUCAGGAUCCGUCUGUCCUAGCUGACCAGCCCUGCAGGACUCCCAGGACAUACUGCCUUCUCGCGGAUGGUGUUAGUCAAAGGUGGCUUUGCAGCCCCCAGCUGAACAAACAAAAGGGGGGUCCUGUGUGGCUCCCCUACACAUUGCUGUUUCAGUAUCAUGGCCCUCCUGCUGUGACAACCCAGGGACCUAAACA